AUGCCACAAUCCUCGAAGAGGCUAAUUUCUGACGUCCAACGGAAGGCACUGCGGGAUUGGGCUCACAAUCAGCCUCGCCGUCCAACACAGAAAGCCUGUAUAGCAUGGUUUUAUGCGGAAUACAAUCAUCGGUUAAGCCAAUCUACUGUCUCUGAUAUCUUGAGCUCUCAAUAUCAAUACCUUGACUCCAAAUCAAAUCCAUCCACCUCCAUUCGCAAGGGCACUGGCCAAUGGCAUGACCUUGAAAAUAUUCUCUAUGAAUGGCAGCAAACGCUCAAUUUAAGGGGCGCAUAUAUCAGUGGUGAUAUCCUUGUUGAAAAAGCACGCCAAAUCUGGACUUCUUUACCUCAAUAUCGCGAUCAACCACCACCUAUAUUCAGCAACGGAUGGCUACACCGAUUCAAGCAGCGAUUCAAUAUUAAACAGUAUACACAUCACGGAGAAGCAGGCUCAGUUCCAGAAGAAGCUGAGGAAGACAUGAAGGCUAUACGCACAAUUGCAGGGAAUUAUAAUGAAGAUGAUAUAUAUAAUAUGGAUGAAACAGGGCUUUUCUGGCGUAUGCCCCCAUCACAGAGCCUAUCUUCAGCCAAUAGGCCUGGUGUCAAACGGGAUAAAAGCCGGGUCUCAAUUAUCUGCUGUGUCAAUGCCUCCGGAACUGAUCGAUUACCAAUUUGGGUGAUUGGUAAAGCACGUAUGCCACGAGCCCUCCGCAAUAUCAACAUGUCUGCGAUGGGAGCUGAGUGGCGAUGGAAUAAGAAGGCCUGGGUGGAUCAAAUUGUCAUGCGCGAAUGGCUAUUAGCAUUCUAUAGCCAUAUUGGCAAGCGAGCAGUUCUUCUUACUAUGGAUAAUUUUGCUGCACAUCUAGCUGGGCUUGAAUUAGCGCCGCCACCACCAAAUAUACGCAUUUGCUGGCUGCCAAAGAAUUCAACUAGCCAGUAUCAGCCUCUCGAUCAAGGGAUUAUACAAAAUCUCAAGAUAUACUACCGGAGACAAUGGUUGAGAUUCAUUCUUCACCAUUAUGAAUGCAACCAAGAUCCGCUACAGACUGUGACACUUCUGGAUUGCAUUCGCUGGCUCAUACGUGCAUGGAAUCAUGACAUAUUAAGCACAACAAUUCUUGCUUGUUUCUACAAAAGCACACUGGUUCUUAACCCAGUGCAGCUUCCCAUUGAAUCUCCAAAUCUCUCAUCUCUCUAUGAGCACGUGCAGCAGUCUGGCCGCCUCUCAAACUGCAUGGAUAUUGCAAACUUCCUAAACCCAAUGGAGGAGUCAUCAGAGCUUGCUGGGAGUGAGGAGGAGCUAUCAUCUGAGACUUUACUUGAGCAAUUGAUUUCACGGGCUUCAGAUACUGGAGACAUGUGUGAUGACGAUCAAGAGGAUGAUUCUCCAGAGCCAGCACCACUACCAAAGCCUUCAGAUGCUCUGAAUGCUGUACGACUACUGAUUUCUUAUAUGGAAGGGCAGGAUGUAUCAAGAGCAUCUCUUCUUCGGUCUCUUGAGCGCCUUGAGCGAGAUCUGGAUAGCGAGAUAAUCGCCUCGCGGGCCCAGGGCACACUAGAUAGUUGGCUUAGGUAA